CUGUUAAGCGAGCUCUGAAAUGGGACUGGUUGCCAGUGUCCUUGAGUGUCUGAAGUGAUGACUGACAGCCGCACGGUCACACCCACAUCUCCCCAGAUGACAUAAAAUGAAUGAACUUCCCCCAGCAGUUGGGACUGUAACUUCGCACUUGCCAGCUCACACACAGCUCCUCUUUCCCCUUCACCAAACAAGCAGGCAAAUGACAAACUGAUUGCGAGGACUAUGAUGGCAAGGAACACCGACAUGCGCUGGCGGCUGCCGCUCGUUUGCCUCCUCUGGGAGCUUGCCAUGAUCAUCCUUUUUGGCGUCUUCGUGCGCUUCAACGCAGAAUCCGAUAUAGCCGGCUGGGAGAAGGCGAAGCAGGAGAAGAACAUCACGAGCGACGCCGAGAAUGACUUCUACUUCAGAUACCCGUCUUUCCAAGAUGUUCAUGUGAUGAUUUUUGUGGGCUUUGGGUUCCUCAUGACAUUUCUUCAACGCUACGGUUUUGGGGCUGUCGCCUUCAACUUCCUCCUUGCCGCCUUUGGGAUCCAGUGGGCUCUCCUGGUUCAGGGCUGGUUUCAUACCUUUGAGAACGGGAAGAUACUCAUUGGAGUGGAAAGCAUGAUUGGUGCAGAUUUCUGUGUGGGUUCUGUCUGCAUCGCCUUUGGCGCCGUCCUGGGCAAAAUCAGUCCUGUGCAGCUGCUGAUCAUGACAUUGUUUCAAGUGACUCUCUUCUCUGUUAAUGAAUACAUCCUACUGGACCUGCUCCAUGUUAAAGAUGCUGGUGGAUCCAUGACCAUUCACACAUUUGGCGCUUACUUUGGGCUAGUGGUGACCGCCAUUUUGUAUCGGCCCAACUUGGAGCAGACCAAAGAUAAGCAGGGUUCUGUCUACCACUCAGAUCUCUUCUCUAUGAUUGGCACCUUAUUUCUAUGGAUGUACUGGCCCAGUUUCAACUCUGCCAUUUCUGAUCAUGGAGAUGCCCAACACCGAGCUGCCAUCAACACCUAUUGCUCUCUGGCGGCCUGUGUCCUCACGACUGUGGCCUUCUCGAGCUUGUUGCAGAAGAAAGGCAAGCUGAACAUGGUCCACAUCCAGAAUGCCACCCUGGCAGGGGGCGUUGCUGUGGGGACUGCGGCAGAAAUGAUGCUCACCGCAUAUGGCUCCCUCAUUGUUGGCUUUAUCUGUGGCAUUGUGUCUACCGUUGGGUUUGUCUACUUCACGCCUUUCCUGGAGUCCAAACUGCGUAUUCAAGACACAUGCGGUAUCCACAACCUACAUGGGAUGCCAGGACUUAUUGGGGGAAUUGUGGGGGCCGUCACGGCUGCUGCUGCGACUGAAGGAGUCUAUGGGAAGGAAGGGCUCAUCCGUGCUUUUGACUUCACGGGAGACUUCAGCCACAGAACGCCCAGCGUCCAAGGCGGCUUCCAGGCAGCUGGCAUCGCUGUAUCAUUGGGCAUGGCCUUGGCAGGAGGGCCAUCGUAGGUGGCAUUUUGAAACUGCCUUUCUUUGGAGACCCUACAGAUGAAAACUGCUUUGAGGAUAAUGUUUACUGGGAAGUACCUGGGGAUGAAGAGAGCAGCCUGUAUUGUAUGAACGACUCAAACGCGAAGCCUGUGACAGACCCUUAAUCCACUGGAGUCGAUGCCAAUGGACAAUGCAGACAACCAGAUCAGUAUAAUCAGCUUCUCCUUUUGGAAUUCCUUGAGCGGUUUUUGUUUUGUUUUGUUUUGUUUAAUCUCCUACACUCUCAAGUACACAAGAAGGUUGUGGUUUUCUGGAAGCUGUAACAUUUGCUACCAUCAUUUGUCUGGAUGCAAAGAUUCUUCAUGGAAUAGAUUGUGCCCUUAUUAUUAUUUCUCUUCCUGCAUCUUGCACCAUCGUGAGGUUAGCCUGGAAGAAAGAGUGUUUACAUCCUCCUGCUACCAUGCAAAGACAAGUGGAAAUCUAUAAUAUCAUGUGGUUAGAAGUGGCAGCAAAGUUCCCCCAAGUUCAGGACUUGGAUACGAGUUGCAGAGCAUGUGAAAGAUCACCUAAAACGAAGAAGUCAGCUUUGCAAGCCCCAAAUGUAUUCACCGUCUCAGUUUGAAAUCUCAGCCGGAAAAUUACUGGCCUCCCCUGCUUUUCCACAACAGGGUGCCUAGAGCAGAAAUGGUAUGAGCAGAAGAAAGAAGAGGGGAAGAAUAUUGUCCUUUCCUUCUCUCCCUCCCUCAUCAUCCAGGCAUUCUGCAUCGUUAGGCAGCAAAGCUUGAAAAAUGAUGGAAUAUGUAGCUAUCCUAAAAGUGGCUUGUAAUGCAUUUUCCCGAACUAUCAGAUGGGCUUGGGAUGUCCCCUCUGAUUCCCCCCCUGUCCC